AUGGCUGCCAGUUGUCACCGCUGCCUGCGGUCUGCCUCCCACACGGUUUCCCUCGUCUCCAGUUCACUUCGCCAGGUGUUAGGUGAAGCAACUUCUUCCUCCGUGGCACGUUCUUUUUCCACCUCUGCUCCGGCAUCUGCUGCUGCUGCUAAAGUUGCUACAAAGAAAGGCCAGACCAAGAAGAAGGUCGUGCUACGCAAGAAUGCUCCAGCUUCCGGGCCCAGAUCCGCAGCGACAAAGAAGAAAAGUGACAGUGUUACGCAAGCUGCAAGCGGAUUGUCCAAGACCUCGCCAUUCUACCACGACCCGGCGCCGCCUCCCUCCCUGGACACUUUUGAUGCAGGCUGCUUGGCGAAUCUUAACACGGGAAAACUUUUCAAGCUAUCAGAUGAGACGACCACGGCUCUCAGCACGUCAAGUUUGUUUGCUCUGCGUGGAAAACAGUCUACCGAUUUUCUGAAGAGACCAAUCAUCUUGCGAAAGCACCAUGUGCAACUCGGCAAUUUCAUUGCUGCAGCAGUACGAGGCGAGCCAACUUCAUCUCGGCCUCUUUUGCUUACCGGGGCAACAGGCAGCGGGAAGUCAGUCACAUUGGCCAUUGCUGCAGCAUACGCUCGAGAUGCAGGAGCUAUUCUCCUCUACGUGCCUCAAUCACUUGCUAUGAUCAACUCUUCCACCAGCUAUGUGUACUCCAAUACAGCGCAGGCUUACUUACAGCCUCAACUUACGAGCGACUUUUUGAAGGACCUGUUGUCGCAAAAUCGUACUGCUCUAGGAAAGCUAACACCACGAGUGAAAGCAGAUGGCGCAAGCGGCGCAAGUUCUUCGACUCCAAGCACACUGGAAGCUAUCAUCAAGCGAGCGCAAGCUCCAAAUGCAAGUCCCUGGACUAAGCACGAAGCUCUCGAGACUUGCAUUCUCACUCUAGCUGAGCAAACAGAGUAUCCCGUCAUUGUUGUCAUCGACGAGGCAGAAGCUCUGUUCAGUCCUUCGCAGUACAGAGAUGCAGAUUUCCGCUUUCUGCAGAGCUACGAACUCGCGCUUCCUAGGACCCUUCUUUCGAUGUUGCUUGGUGCUGCCAAGCAUACAGAGAGUGAGCUGGCGACACGCCCAUUUGGCCUUCGGCGCGGAGCGAUAAUUUGCGCCACAACCGCCUCACAGUCACAAUUUAUCUCCACAACCAAGAUCCUGACGGAGCCAACCAGUCUACACCAGGUCGGGCCAAGCGGCCGCCCUAUCGAUCUGCCUCGCAAACACAUUCAGCAUCUGCAUGCAUGCGAAUUCCAAAGGCUGAAGUGCGACGAACCUAUCACCCUCUCAGAAGCGGCUCAGCUCUGCAUCGGCCCCCAGGCGCUGCCAAGCUCAAGCGCACCUCUUGACGACGAGGCGUUGCUUAGCAAGGUGAUCGAAUCUGGUGGCAACACUUUGCGCCUUCUCAACAGUUUGAAGCAAACAUUGAUGUGA